AUGCGCUCUGCCUGGGCGGCGCCCUCCGUUUUCCCUGCUGACUCCGUCGCACCCACGCACACGCACGCACGCACGGUGAGGGAGGGAGGAGGCGGCAGCCGGGCGGGAGCCCAGUGCAGCUGCCGUGAUGUGUGCGUGCGCGUGCCGCAUGAAGCUCUCCGUUGGCGCGCCGGUGCAUGGGCCGGAGUUCGCGCGUCAUCGCGGGUGCUCGUCUGGGGGCGUGGAACGAUGCCCACCGUGCAGUGCCGCGCCCUCCACGGCAGGGAUAGAUGCGGGGCGCGGCGCCUGCGCGCCAUCAUUGUCUGCCUCGGCGCAGCGUCCGAGGGCACCGUGAACUAA